UGGUUUCCAAAAAAAUUCUGCCAUGUGUUUUUUUUUUCUAGGGGUUGAGAAAAAAAAUAUUGGAACAAAAGUACGUAACAUGAAAACAAAUAUUACAUGACUUGUGUAAAGUUACGGGAAAACUGAAAAAUAUAUUUUUUUGUUCUCGGAGCCAAGUAACGGGGUUUCAAAAAAAAAAAAAAGACAAAAUACAGAUGUAUAUCCACAACUAUAAGGUUUGUGACAAAUAUCCACAACUAUCGAAAUACACGAAAUCCAUUUCCGUCCACUCCGUUAACUUCGUCAGUUAACUUGAUGACUGGACAGACAGUGGAUGCUUAGUUGGCAUGUUUGUGACCCACUGAAUGACGUGGAUUAAAAGAGAAAAAAAAAUUAAAAACCCUAAAAACCACAAAACGAGUAUUGACUUUCCAUUUCUCAACUUCGAUCCGUCUUCUCCCCUUUCCUUAAUCUCUCAGUUUUCCGACCACGACAGAUGGCGAGACUAAAAAUCCAACCCAUAAACACGCCCGAUAACCACCGAUCCUCCUCUGAUCGACGCCUCCGCCUCCAAAUAACCCUACCCAAGCCCAGAUUUUGAUUCCAACCACAAUCCUCAACCAUCGCGUCCCUUUUACUCCGAUAGCUUCCAUGCAGUCGGCGCCAUGGUGAUACCAAGCUUGAAAAUCAAACAAAAUAAGAUUGAACUAACCAAAUCGCCAACAGAGAAGACUGCAGUAGUGAGGUCUAACAGAUAACGGUGGAGGUAGUUUAAUCCCAAACUCGAUGCCACCUCCGCUCCCGGAUUUCACUUCGACCACGUCGCUAGAGCGGGGAACAACAGUCCAAAUCUUUCUUGAGAGAAACAGCGCUGGAUCUGAAAUCGUUCGCUCCGCUCUUCGAAUUCGUCGCCGCUGGACCUCCCGUAGCGGUGGGGAGCUCCCGCCCCAGACCUGGCGACGGAGGAUAUGGGUACGAAGCCGUUUUUGGGGCAAAAGGGGAGGUGAUUUUGGCGGCGGCCGUCGGGGAACAGGCGACGAGGAGUAGUUGGGAGCCGAGAUGGAGGUGGUCACCGGUUUUGGAAUAUGCAGAGGUUGCUAACAGAGAACAGAAACAAAAAUAUGGAUUUGCCCAAACCCACAUCUCACCUCUGUAAGAACAUUCAGGUAUGCGUAAUGGGUCACGACCUGCAUGAGUGCCCAAGAAGCGAGGUCCGAUUUUGAUUUCAAAACAAAGAUGAACCCUAUUUUUUUUAGUUUGGGGAAGGGGUGAAGAGCCCGACGGGGUUAAACGAGGAAAAAAUGGUUUUUUCAUUUUCGUUUUUAUUCAACUAGCCUAUUUGGCAUCUAGGUGUAAAGUUUGAUUGCUUUUUGGCUUAUAAGGCAGGUGAGAUGACAUCAAUUCAGCAUUCCGUUAGUCAAUUUAACGCCGUCUGACACGCCGUUAUAGUUUCAGAACGGAAGUGGAUAGAUUUGUCACACAAUCUUGUGAUUUUUGGAUAUUUCGUGUAUUUCAUUAGUUGUGGACUUGUGGAUAUAUUUGUCACAAACCUGAUAAUUGUGGAUAUUGAUGACUCGGUAUUUGCACAUGUUUUCCCCUUUGUUUCUUGAUUGUUUGAGCUUGAAUUAUUGCGUCUUUGGCCUAUUUUAUGCUAGGUUGUGUUCCUUUGUCCCAUUUCAGGUCCUAGCACAUAAAGUGAAGCAUAGGCGCAAGUUUCAAGUCAAUCAGAGAUCAAUUGACGAUUCGAGAGAAGAAACUCGGGCAUGACCUGAAGAAGAAUGGAUUUCUACCUCACUUUAUGGACAAAGAAUCAUGCAAGCUUGUUAUGAAACGAAAGAGGACGAGACUACGAGCGUCUGGGAUCAAACGGCGAUUGAUUCGGAGUCCGGACGAGGGAGAAACGAAGCAUUAAACAGAGGCUGAGCAAGCUGCACGGGCAGACCAGCGUGGCCACGCACGGCCGUGCAAGUGACCAGUUUGGCCGUGCGGGAUUGUGCGUGGGCACGCACGGGCACAAGUGAAAUCCGCACGGCCGUGCAACAUACAAUUCUGGCCGUGCGAGUUGGCUGAGGUUCAACUAAUUGAUACGCCGCGUUUUGAGGUGCACGGCCAUAAUGGUGAUGUGCACGGCCGUGCACACUGGCCGUGCGAGUCGGGAUUUCCUGGUUUUAAGCCAAAUUCCGAACCAAAGAAGGGGGAGAGCUGGGUUUUGGAUCCCAAACACCCAAGGGACGAACCCUAGAGAGAGAGGGCGAUUUGAGGGCAUUCUUGGAGUAGAGAAGGAGGAUUUCUUCGCCUUGGAAGCUCGAGGAACAAGCCCGGACUUGAAGACUGAUCAUCUGAAGAUUCUUACUGCAGUCUCUCUCUUCUCUAUGGAGUAACUUCCCUUCACUUAGGUUUUGAGGAACCCUAGCUAUGUUUGUUUGAUUGGAUGAUUGUAUGAGUACUCUGACUUGAUAAUCUUGAGUUCAUAUUCAAUCUAUGCAUGUUUUCAUGAUUCAAUUCUGCUUUAGUCGAGAUUAUUGAUUCUGCUUUGAUUCUAUGAGAGGGAAUACCUGAUUAGGUCAAUAGAGCACCAUAGAUUGAUAGUAGUGGAUCGAUUUCUUUAGUCGAGGGUUGAUUCACUGCUUUGUAUCGAUUGAGAACCUCUUUCGAUAGAGGGAGUCUAGUUCAGAACGCCUUGAUCAGUUGUUCUAGAGAAGGAUACGUCCCUCUAGGCAAUUGACUCAAGAGGGCCUUGUUCCUUUAGUCGAGACUCAAGGUCUAGUCGAGGAUUCUCCGCAUUGUGAAUGAAAGUGAAACAAGUUAGAAAUCAUCAAUCGUUAAUCUGGCUAGUGGCUAGGGGGAAUCAUACCUAAGUGAGUUCCCAACCUGUAAUUAGAUUAACUUUAACUGUAGUUUGCUAGAGUAGUUUUAGUUCUUUUAUCUUGAUCUGGUUUGCUAAAUAAUAAACUGAAGCUGAGUAAUAGUAACUCUAGAGACCCGUGGAUUCGAUAUUUAUCACUUGAGCCACUAUACUGCAGUCCCUUCCAUUGCUUACACUUGGCCAUUGUUAGGUGUUGUGUUUUAGCGAGUCAAGUUUUUGGCGCCGUUGCCGGGGACUUUCUAGAGUAUUAGGAAAGGCAGAAGUUUGUUACUUUAGCGUUUUUCUUUUCUUUUCUUUUCCACCCUUGCUUUUCACUUGGGUGUUUUUAUUUUUGUUGGUGCAGAUCUGAAUCAUGGAUCCUAAUGGCUUCUCCAAUCAUUGGGGGUAUCCACCACCAUCUGGGUGGUAUUACCCCGAGACUCCCUGGAGCAAUCAAGGCGGAGAAGACUAUGGGUUCGGGUUCCAGUACCAACCCCCUUACUACGGAGAACAACCGGACCCCUGGGCAUAUCAAGAACAACCUCAUUAUCAAGAAGAAUUUCUCCCACAACCAGAAGGGCCAUCGGCGCUGGAGUUACUCAUGGAGCAGUAUGCUCGAGACUGUGAGAGAACAUGCUCCAGGAUGGAUCAGUGUGUCCAGGCCUCCCGUGAAACAGAUGAGAUCCUCCUGAGCCUUAAGAAGAGCGUCGAUGAUCUUGAGCGAUCUUGGGCGCAACCUGCUCCAGAUCACCCUUCUGCUACCAUACAAGAAGAGGAGGAGGAAGAAGAGGGCUACAAGGGCAUUGUGGAACACACUGAAGUCGUCACGGAGAGCUCCCGUGAUGAUCAUGAUCAGGCCUGUCAUGUCGUAGCCGACCACACCUUCCCACACCCCAAACUGAGCUUUGAAGAGGCGGGCAUGAGUGAGGAGAUGCAAGAAGAUCUCAUGAAAGAAAUUGCUUGGCAACUUGCUCUCCAAUCCGUGCUAGAAGAAGAAGAGCAAGAAAGGGUGCAGAAAGAAGUUGUGGAGGAUGACGGAAGUGAUGCUAGAGGAGUUCUUGAUCAUUUCCCAGGGGUGAUACCACAUGAAGAAGGAAGGGAGGUUGAAGAAGCAAUUGGCGUCCAGGCUGAGGACGAAGUUGAGGUGGAAGAGGCUUGCACCGGCCAUGAGUUACAUGUGAUAUCUCCACCAAACUUCGAGGAACUGCUUAGCAAGGACCCAUUUGCAGUGUCUCUUUGCCAGACCAAGGCCACCUCGACAUCGGUCCCUCUUGGUGGACGCGAUGGUGGCCAAUCGAUGCUGUCUUAUCUGGUUUGGGGCAAUGAGACGAGAGAAGAGAAGAAGAGGUCUCGAGGGUGGAGACUUCGUCUGCAUCAAGUACAUGAGCCUUCAUCACCUGCCGCAUCACAUGCUCAUGACUUGAGACUCCACCUCAUCGAUGAGAACCUCAACUUCAAGGAGGUUCUAGCAUGGACCGAAACUUAGGAGCCAUCGUCCGGCUCAUGACGUGAAAGAAGCGCUUGUUGGGAGGCAACCCAACCAGUCGGUUUGCAUCUCUUUCUCUAUUUCUCUUCGGUUGAGUCAGUUUUGUUCUUUGAUUUCAGAGUCAAUAAUUCAACCUUUGUGAGAUUUUGUGUGGUGUUUGUGUUUCGACUACUUUGUCCUCCUGGAAUGCACCGCCUUCCCCGUCCACAAUCAUUCACCGUUGAUAUGGUAACUUCGUUCUACCCUCCUUAUCUUUCCUCCAUUGAGGACAAUGUCGUGCUUAAGUGUGGGGGGAUGUUCGAUUAUGUAUGUGUGUGAAUGUUUGACUGUUUGUGUCUUGGAGCCUAGUCCACUGUCCAAAUUUCGAUUUGAGGGCUCCAAGUACGUGUUCCAUGCAAUUGCCUGCUCAGUAUGCUUUGAAUUGACAGUCUUUAUAGUAAUAUGCAACCUAGGGAGGUAGUGUAGCACUAUGGAGGAUGUUGAUGCAUUUAAGAAGUCUCAUUUCUUCUUCAUAUAAAGUUGGUUGAUUGAGUGAAUUAGUGAUCUUAGGACCCUUGAAUUGUGUGGUGUUGUGGAUUCUCUACCUGUCAUGGACUCUUGUAUCAUGUUUUGAAAGUAACAGGUGCUCGAAAAUGUGCUUCAAAAUAAACGUCUCCCGUGCGAAUAGGGCGAAAGUGUGUAAGGGGAGACGGGAAUUCGUUCCCAAUUUCCACCUACUACCUCCAGCCCCCUUACAUGUCUUUCCCCCGCACGAGGCUCGAGACAUCCGCUCCUGGCAUGGCCGGUAAGAGCAGGUUGGGACCCUUGAAAAAGAAAAGAAAAGAAAAAUAUCAGAAAACAAGCAAAACAAAAAAAAAGGGGUCUCAACCAUCUUCAAGAAGCAGAAAAUAGAGCACCUUGAAAAAUGUGAGUCCAUGAUCUGUUGUUUUUGAGAAUCUCCUCAUCCACAAUUCAUUUGUCCUCUGUUCACUAUUUGCCAUGAUGCCGACUCGCCGAAGAAGUUAUGAGAUGACUUGUGCGUCGGUUGACCUCGUAAGCUGCUAAAUGAUCUAGGAAGUCCUCUACCUACGAUCUGGGUUGUUUGUUGCUAUAGAGGUCUGGAGAGUUGCAUUGGUUUGAGUUAGGUUUGCUUGGGGACAAGCAAACAGUUAAGUGUGGGGGGAUUUGAUGACUCGGUAUUUGCACAUGUUUUCCCCUUUGUUUCUUGAUUGUUUGAGCUUGAAUUAUUGCGUCUUUGGCCUAUUUUAUGCUAGGUUGUGUUCCUUUGUCCCAUUUCAGGUCCUAGCACAUAAAGUGAAGCAUAGGCGCAAGUUUCAAGUCAAUCAGAGAUCAAUUGACGAUUCGAGAGAAGAAACUCGGGCAUGACCUGAAGAAGAAUGGAUUUCUACCUCACUUUAUGGACAAAGAAUCAUGCAAGCUUGUUAUGAAACGAAAGAGGACGAGACUACGAGCGUCUGGGAUCAAACGGCGAUUGAUUCGGAGUCCGGACGAGGGAGAAACGAAGCAUUAAACAGAGGCUGAGCAAGCUGCACGGGCAGACCAGCGUGGCCACGCACGGCCGUGCAAGUGACCAGUUUGGCCGUGCGGGAUUGUGCGUGGGCACGCACGGGCACAAGUGAAAUCCGCACGGCCGUGCAACAUACAAUUCUGGCCGUGCGAGUUGGCUGAGGUUCAACUAAUUGAUACGCCGCGUUUUGAGGUGCACGGCCAUAAUGGUGAUGUGCACGGCCGUGCACACUGGCCGUGCGAGUCGGGAUUUCCUGGUUUUAAGCCAAAUUCCGAACCAAAGAAGGGGGAGAGCUGGGUUUUGGAUCCCAAACACCCAAGGGACGAACCCUAGAGAGAGAGGGCGAUUUGAGGGCAUUCUUGGAGUAGAGAAGGAGGAUUUCUUCGCCUUGGAAGCUCGAGGAACAAGCCCGGACUUGAAGACUGAUCAUCUGAAGAUUCUUACUGCAGUCUCUCUCUUCUCUAUGGAGUAACUUCCCUUCACUUAGGUUUUGAGGAACCCUAGCUAUGUUUGUUUGAUUGGAUGAUUGUAUGAGUACUCUGACUUGAUAAUCUUGAGUUCAUAUUCAAUCUAUGCAUGUUUUCAUGAUUCAAUUCUGCUUUAGUCGAGAUUAUUGAUUCUGCUUUGAUUCUAUGAGAGGGAAUACCUGAUUAGGUCAAUAGAGCACCAUAGAUUGAUAGUAGUGGAUCGAUUGCUUUAGUCGAGGGUUGAUUCACUGCUUUGUAUCGAUUGAGAACCUCUUUCGAUAGAGGGAGUCUAGUUCAGAACGCCUUGAUCAGUUGUUCUAGAGAAGGAUACGUCCCUCUAGGCAAUUGACUCAAGAGGGCCUUGUUCCUUUAGUCGAGACUCAAGGUCUAGUCGAGGAUUCUCCGCAUUGUGAAUGAAAGUGAAACAAGUUAGAAAUCAUCAAUCGUUAAUCUGGCUAGUGGCUAGGGGGAAUCAUACCUAAGUGAGUUCCCAACCUGUAAUUAGAUUAACUUUAACUGUAGUUUGCUAGAGUAGUUUUAGUUCUUUUAUCUUGAUCUGGUUUGCUAAAUAAUAAACUGAAGCUGAGUAAUAGUAACUCUAGAGACCCGUGGAUUCGAUAUUUAUCACUUGAGCCACUAUACUGCAGUCCCUUCCAUUGCUUACACUUGGCCAUUGUUAGGUGUUGUGUUUUAGCGAGUCAGAUAUACAACUGUAUUUUGCCAAAAAAAAAGUAGCCCAGUAACGGAGAAAGCCGAAGACCGGCUGUAGCUGGUAAAAAAGGGACAAUAUCAAU